CGGAGGCGCGGAGCGGCGCGGGCCGGGCCCGAGGGUGGCCGAGGAUGAACGGCUCGGAGCGCGCGGGCAGCCCGGCCCCCAGCCCCCCGCGGCAGGAGGAGCCGGGCGGGAAGGGGCGCGAGGGGCAGCAGAGCGAUCCCGAUCCCGACCCCGACCCCUUCGCCGAGUACCUGUGGAUGGAGAACGAGGAGGACUUCGACCGGCAGGUGGAGGAGGAGCUGCAGGAGCAGGAAUUCCUGGAUCGCUGCUUCCAGGAGAUGCUGGAGGAGGAGGAGCAGGACUGGUUCAUCCCGGCGCGGGAUCUGCCGGCGCAGGGAAUGGCGCAGCUCCAGCAGCAGCUCCACGGCCUCUCCGUGGGCGACGGGCGCGGCGCCGACGACAUCCUGAGCAAAAGCAACUUGAAUCCAGACGCCAAGGAAUUCGUUCCCGGAGUGAAAUACUGACCUCGGAAAUUCGGGAAUGGCCUGGCCAGAGACUGAAUCCCUGCUCCAGGGAAAAGUUGGGACACGGGAAGAGCCCGGAGCGGCUCCGGCACCGGGAUCUGCUCCAGCUCCAAGUACUUCUGGUUUUCCCUGAUUUUUUUUUCUUCUUUUUUUUUCCCGGCUUUUCCUCACUUUUUCUUGGCAGUUUUUGGCUUCCUGGGAUUUGCGUUGACCCCGCCAGCGGGAAAAUCUUGGGAAAAAUCGUGAGAAAACCAAAGGAAAAUCUUGGGAAAAAACUUGGGGAAAUCACAGUGAAAUAAUGGAAGAAUCUUGGGAAAAAAUCAUGGAAAAUCGCUGCAAAAUAAUGGAAGAAUGUUGGGAAAAAUCAUGGAAAAAUCACAAGAAAAUAUUGGGAAAAAUCUUGGGGAAAUCACAGCGAAAUAAUGGAAGAAUUUUGGGAAAAAUAAUGGAAGAAAUCUUG